GCGUGCUUUUAAAAGCCUGCUUGACUCGGCUUUCAACUCUAGCGUCAUUUGCCCCGUCGUCGUCGUCGUCGUCUUCGAGGGUCUUCCGAUGGCACCUGUUGCCGUGAAAAGUGCAUUUCUAAUCCUUUUUUGCGGUCUUUUUUCAGCGCUGCUGUCACUGGCUCAAGAUGUCAAACCGCCCGCCACCGUGACCGCCGCCAGAGAGUUCUUUCCGACAAGCGGACCUGAGCCUAGCUCCCCCGCCACGGCAACCUCGACCGCCAGCUCUACGACCGGCCCCGCAUCACCGACGACUGGCGCUACGACCGAGCGCGUCGUACCCUCCACCACCUGGCGCGCCCCCUCAACCAUCGACGCCACGACCGAACGCGUCCCAUCUACCAUCGACGCCACGACCGAAGGCGUCCCAUCUACCAUCAACGCCACGACCCAGCACGCCCCCUCAACAUCCAACGCCACGACGGCGCCGACUCCCCGCUCCAGUACGACCGCCGGCCCUCCGCCCGAGCCCACGCCGCCAGACCACCUCAGCGCGGGAGACUACCGUCUCCUGAAGAAUAAUUCCGUUUGCGUGAUGGCUCACGCGGCCUUGCAGAUCCGACUCCAAACGUCAAAGGCCAGCGGGACGUUCGCGGUGCAGCCGAACAAGACGCGGGCCGUCGGGGAGUGUCGGGAAAACGGGGCCAACCUUACGCUGGUCUUCCCGGAGGGUUUCGUCACCUUUCUGUUCAACAAGAGCACAGAGGAAAACAUCGGCUACGUCCACACUUUGACAUUCCGUCUGGUUUACCCUUUAAGUACAGCGAGCGGACAGUUUUCUGCCAGCAACCAUUCCUUGCGCGUCUUGUCCGCCAAGAUCGGCCACUCGUACUCGUGCCGGAGCGACUCCUUUUACAUGGGGAACGGAUUGUAUCUGGACGUCAAGGAUGACCGCGUGCAGGCCUUCGAUUUUUCCAAGAGUAACGAGUUUGGCGUCCCCGACCUCUGCGCGGCCGAUCGGCCCGAUUACGGCGUGGCCAUCGGGGUAGGCGUGACGUUGCUGGUACUCAUCCUGGCGGUGGUGGCGAUCUACCUGCUGGGCCGCCGGAGGAGGACGGACGGCUACCAGGCGCUGUGAGCCCGAGAGACCUCCGGACCCCGCGAAUCAUCCUACCCACUUAAUAGAAAAUAUGGGUUGGCCUUGGCACUUUUUACUAUUGUCUGCACUAAUUGCAAAUGCAUGCGUACAUACGUUCUAUUAAAUGAGUACGACUUGGCGCCCACACUGAUGAAUGUAUGUUAUGUUGUCUUUUUAAAUGUGACUUUGGGUGCAUUUAAAGUUUAAUGAGGGAAUUUAUGUACAUGCGGUUUUGUCACGUCUUUAUGCCAUUAAAGAAAUCCAUUUCUAAA